AUGUCCUACUCGCUCGCCGAGGCAAUCCUCCUCCUCGCUCUCAGCAGCUCCGUCGCAGCCCUCAUAGCCGACAUCAUAUACAAGCUAUACUUCCACCCGCUCGCAAAGUACCCUGGCCCGCCGCUCGCGAGAGUCUCGUGCCUGCAUGCAACCUACCAUGCCUGGCGAGGCGAUUUGCAUCUGGACAUGUGGAGGUGCCACGAGCGAUACGGCGACGUCGUACGGUACAAGCCAAACUCGCUCCUCUUCAACACGGCCGGCUCGCUCAGGGAUAUCUAUGGCCACAGUUCGAACGGCAAAGUGCUGAAAAGCAGGAUGUACGCUGUGGCGGUACACCGGGCGCCAAGUACCGUCACGAUGAGGGGCGGAAAGGACCACGCUCGCCGCCGGCGCAUACUGGGCCAGGGUCUCUCGGAUCAGUCUCUGCGUCGAUACGAAGGUCGGAUUUUGCGGCACAUUGACCAAUUCUGUGAUAUCAUGUACGACAAAGAAACCAUUGGCGAGGGCCAAACCGUGGAGAAAGAGCCGAGAGACAGUUGGUCGCCGCCGCUCGACAUGUCAAAGUGGACAAACUACCUGACGUUUGACCUCAUGUCCGACAUUGUCUUCGACGCCAAAUACAACCUGCUCGGCGCCGAGCGCUUCCGUUACGUCGUGGACUGCAUCGACCGCUCCAACUUGCGCAUGGGCGUCCUCAUCUACCUUCCAGAGCUGACCAUGCUCCGGCUGGACAGAUACAUCUUCCGCGACAGCAUCAAAGCGCGCAAUCGAUUCGUCAAGUUUGUCACGCGCGUCGUGGCAGAGCGGCUGCAAAAGACAUCAUCCGCCGACUCGCUCGGCAACAGCGAUCUCUUUGCCCACCUUGCCGACGCCAAAGACCCAGAGACUCGCGAGAGCUUUACGACCAACGAGCUUGCGGCCGAGAGUACAACGCUCAUUGUGGCCGGAGGGGAUACCACAUCGACUGCAAUCUCGGCUGUGCUCUUCUACCUCUCGCGACAUCCCGAUGCGUACAGGAAGGUUGUGAAGGAGGUGCGCUCGACAUUUGGCUCGUACGAUAAGGUCAAGAUGGGAGCCCAACUGGUAUCUUGCAGAUACCUUCACGCCUGCAUCGAUGAGGCGUUGCGUAUGUCGCCUCCCGCGCCAGCAUGUCUGUGGCGCGAGGUGGUCGCACCGGCGGGCUUGGUGGUCGACGGGGUCCACGUGCCGCAUGGCGUCGACGUUGGCAUGUCCAUCUACGCCAUUCAACAUAGCGAGAGACAGUAUACGAAUCCCUUCUCCUAUCAUCCCGAGCGGUGGCUCGAAGAUGACGGGGCGGGCAGCAUCGAGAAGGCUCGCGCAGCAUUCAAUCCCUUCUCCAUCGGGGCUCGGAAUUGCCUUGGGGCGGGGCUGGCGCGAGCAGAGACGAUGUUGACCCUGGCACGUCUUCUCUGGCUAGGUGACUUCCAGGUCGCAGCCCAGAAGGACCUCGCGCCCGUGGGAGCUGGAAAUCCAGGGGCCGCCAGUGGUCGACACAGAGAUCAUGAGUAUCAGCUGUUCGAGCACAUCACCGCGCAAAAGCAAGGACCCUGGCUGCAAUUCCGAGCACGCGAGGAUCUCAGAUAG